AUGACCAUGAUGAUCUGUCUUUUCAGACAGGUCUUAGAGGUACCCUUCAGAACCUGAACUGGAAAAUACAGCUGGAAUCCAGUAGUACUCUGCCUGUCUCUCUGACUGAAAUCAAAAGCAGCGUGUUCACUGUGAAGAGACUUUUCAGCACUUCACAUUCAUCAGUGGAUUCAAAGGAAAUGAAAAAAUUCCAGCUCCUUGCGCAUAAGUGGUGGGAUGAAGAAGGAGAAUAUUCAGCCCUUCAUUCUAUGAAUGAUAUUAGAGUGCCAUUUAUUAGAGAUACUCUGUUGAACAUGAGUAGUAAUUAUCAUUUGGGAAAUCCACUUUCUGGAGUAAAGAUUCUUGACGUUGGCUGUGGCGGUGGACUGCUAAGUGAGCCUCUAGGUAGACUGGGAGCUUCAGUUACUGGAAUUGAUCCUCUGGAGGACAACAUUAGAACAGCAGAUCAGCACAAGUCAUUUGAUCCGGUCCUGGCCAAGAGAAUACAGUACAAGUCCAGUUCACUGGAGGAGAUUGUGGAAGAGUCUAUGGAAACCUUUGAUGUAAUUGUAGCUUCUGAAGUAGUGGAGCAUGUGGCUGACCUUGAAAUGUUUAUCAGGUGUUGCUCUCAGGUGUUAAAGCCUGAAGGUUCUUUAUUCAUUACUACAAUUAAUAAAACGCAGUUGUCCUAUAUCCUGGGAAUUGUGGUUGCAGAAAAAAUACUAGGCAUUGUGCCAGAAGGAACACAUGAGUGGGAGAAGUUUGUUACCCCCGAAGAGCUGGAGCGCCUCCUGGAAUCAAAUGGCUUUUCAGUCAAGACUGUGAACGGGAUGUUGUAUAAUCCCUUCUGGGGGUUGUGGAGCUGGAUGGAAAGCACGAGCAUUAACUAUGCAGUGCAUGCUGUCAAAUCUGGGGCUCAGGGACAGUCAAGCCCAACAGAUGCCCUGUCAGAGAUGGAGAGUGAACAGCACUCCGCCACAGCUGGCACUGCUGUGUGACUGAGAUGUGUGGUGAUGGACUGCCAUCAGGAACAGAAAAGGUUUUACCCAGACGGACAUAAUAAAACCUUUUGUA